CCAACCCCAGAGUCCAAAGCAGCCAAAAAAGGCCCAGACUUCCUGUUUAUUUUCUUUGCCUUUUAUAUUGGGUUUCGACGCUUUUUUUUUCUCUUACAGUUGUUCCUUGCUCUCUAAGCUCUCUCUGUCGUGUCAAUGGAGGCGAAGCUGUUAGGAGCUGCCGCUCCUGCCCUUACAGUUCGUCAUGCUUCCAGAUUUUCAAGACCCAUUUGCCCUCUGGCCCUCCGGACCAGGCAGAGUUUCUAUUUUAGGUCUCAAGGUUCAAGCUUGGCGAAGAGAGGCAUUCAAUCUAUACAAGCCACUGCAACUUCCGUUGGGUCAUUGACAAUAAAGAAAAGGGUGGAUGAAAGUGAGAACCUGACACUAGAGGGUAUAAGACGUUCCUUAAUUCGACAGGAGGAUAGCAUUAUAUUUAGCCUUUUGGAAAGAGCUCAAUAUUGUUAUAAUGCGGAGACGUACGACCCUAAUGCUUUCUCCAUGGAUGGGUUCCAUGGCUCUUUAGUUGAAUACAUGGUCAAAGAAACUGAAAAGCUUCAUGCUCAGGUGGGCAGAUUCAAGAGCCCUGAUGAGCAUCCCUUUUUCCCAGAUGAGCUACCAGAACCAGUGUUGCCACCUUUGCAAUACCCACAGGUACUACAUCCUUUUGCUGACUCAAUUAAUAUAAAUAAGAAAGUGUGGGACAUGUAUUUUAGAGAUCUUAUCCCGAGAUUAGUCGAGGAAGGAGAUGAUGGAAACUGUGGAUCAACUGCUCUUUGUGACGCAAUGUGCUUGCAGACUCUUUCGAAGAGAAUACAUUAUGGUAAAUUUGUAGCAGAGGCCAAAUUUCGAGUCGCUCCAGAUGCCUAUGAAGCUGCCAUUAAAGGACAGGACAGGCAAAGACUGAUGGAUAUGCUGACAUAUCCAAAAGUUGAAGAGGCAAUUAAAAGGAGAGUAGAAAUGAAGGCCAAAACUUACGGUCAAGAGGUGACAGUGGAUUUAGCAGAAGAUGAAGCUGAACCUGUUUACAAAAUAGUACCAAGCUUGGUUGCCGAUCUAUAUGGGGACUGGAUCAUGCCAUUAACGAAGGAAGUUCAAGUUGAGUACCUACUCAGAAGGUUGGACUGAAUGGAGUUAUUAUUAUAUAUUUAGUCACACGCUCAUUUUAGCUGAAUGAGUAGAGUUAGUGUCUCCCAGUAUUCAAGCAAAUAAAAGAGUCUUCGUCGAUAGUGGCUUUGGACUAUUAUCUUUGUGAGUAUUAUAUAUGUAGGAGACUCUGAGAUGCUUUUACUUUGACUAUGUGAUGCAAAACAAGAAUACUGGCAUUUCAUUUCGCGUGAUAUAAAUUUUGUGAAAUGCGUGCUUACUUUUGUAUAUUUUCAACAAUUGACAUCUCUUGUUUGCUCUUU